GAUACAUAUCCACUUUAGGAGAAAACUAAUCGACUUGCCUUCUCUUUCUUCUGACAGUGAAGAGUCCAAUCAUCUUCCCAAUUCUUCUGAUAGAGAGAGAGAGAGAGAGAUGCUCAACUCCACGACGGAGGAUUCCGUGUCCGUUCCGCUCCUCCCCUCCCUCCGUCACGCAACCAACUCUUCCUCUCAAGUCGCCAUCGUCGGUUCAAACCUCUGCCCAGUCGAAAGCCUCGAUUACGAGAUCGCGGAGAAUGAUUUCUUCAAGCAGGACUGGAGAGCUCGUAGCAAGACGCAGAUCUUUCAAUACGUCUUCAUGAAGUGGCUUCUCUGUUUCUUCAUCGGAAUCAUUGUUAGUCUCAUCGGUUUCACCAACAACCUCGCCGUCGAGAAUCUCGCCGGUGUUAAGUUCGUCGUUACUUCUAACAUGAUGUUAGCCGGACGGUACAGCAUGGGCUUCUUUGUUUUCACUGUUACAAACCUGAUUCUCACUCUUUUUGCCUCCCUCAUUACCGCUUUUCUUGCCCCUGCUGCUGCUGGUUCCGGUAUACCUGAAGUCAAGGCUUAUCUCAACGGUGUUGAUGCCCCUGAGAUUUUCUCACUUCGCACUUUGGUUGUUAAGAUCAUUGGGAACAUAUCUGCAGUGUCGGGGUCUCUUCUCAUUGGUAAGGCAGGGCCUAUGGUGCACACUGGUGCUUGCGUUGCCUCCAUACUUGGUCAAGGCGGCUCUAAGAGAUACGGACUUACUUGGAGAUGGCUUCGGUAUUUCAACAACGAUAGGGAUCGAAGAGAUCUUGUUACUUGUGGUUCAGCUGCUGGUAUCGCUGCCUCCUUUCGUGCUCCCGUAGGUGGUGUCCUUUUCGCCCUUGAGGAGAUGUCUUCUUGGUGGAGGAGUGCGCUUUUGUGGAGAAUCUUCUUUUCAACGGCUGUUGUGGCAAUCGUUCUCAGGGCACUAAUCGAUGUGUGCUUAAGUGGAAAAUGCGGGUUGUUUGGUAAAGGAGGCUUGAUAGUGUUUGAUGUCUAUUCAGAGAAUGCUUCAUAUCAUUUAGGGGAUGUGCUUCCUGUUCUUCUACUUGGAUUCGUCGGUGGUAUUUUGGGAAGCAUUUAUAACUUUCUCCUCGAGAAGGUUCUUCGAGCUUACAACUACAUUUAUGAGAAAGGGGUUGCUUGGAAAAUCCUCCUCGCUUGCGCGAUAUCAAUUUUCACGUCGUGUCUUCUUUUCGGAUUACCAUUUCUUGCAUCAUGCCAACCUUGCCCUGCAGAUGCCUUAGAGGAGUGCCCUACGAUUGGCCGGUCUGGCAACUUCAAGAAGUACCAAUGCCCACCUGGUCACUACAACGACCUAGCCAGCCUCAUUUUCAACACGAAUGAUGAUGCCAUCAAAAACCUUUUCAGCAAAAACACAGACUUCGAGUUCCACUACUUGUCGGUCCUCGUCUUCUUCAUCACCUGCUUCUUCCUCAGUAUCCUUAGCUACGGCAUCGUUGCUCCGGCGGGGCUGUUUGUACCGGUUAUCGUAACGGGAGCAUCUUAUGGACGGUUUGUAGGGAUGCUGCUCGGCUCCAAAAAUCUGAACGAUGGUCUGUAUGCUGUGCUCGGCGCUGCUUCCUUUCUUGGCGGAUCAAUGAGGAUGACUGUUUCUUUGUGUGUUAUUCUCCUUGAGCUGACUAAUAACCUGCUUCUGUUACCUAUGAUGAUGGUUGUCCUCUUGAUUUCGAAAACAGUUGCUGAUGCUUUCAAUGCCAACAUCUAUAACCUCAUCAUGAAGAUAAAAGGGUUUCCUUACCUCCACAGCCAUGCAGAGCCUUACAUGAGGCAGCUUACAGUCGGUGAUGUAGUUACAGGACCGCUACAAGUCUUCAAGGGCAUCGAGAAAAUCGAGACCAUUGUACACGUUCUCAAAACCACCAAUCACAAUGGCUUCCCUGUGGUUGAUGGGCCACCACUCGCUCCAGCUCCUGUUCUCUACGGUCUAAUCCUCAGGACUCAUGUUCUGACUUUGCUAAAGAAACGAGUGUUCUUGUCUAGUCCGGUGGCUUUUGAUUCCAAGACACUUGCUCAGUUCAAGGCAGACGAGUUUGCGAAGAAGGGUUCAGGGAGGGGUGAUGGAAUAGAGGAUGUGGAAUUAAGCGAGGAGGAAUUGAAUAUGUAUUUGGAUUUACACCCGUUCUCUAAUGCUUCUCCUUACACUGUUUUGGAGACGAUGUCACUUGCAAAGGCUCUUGUCCUCUUCCGUGAAGUUGGCCUAAGGCACAUACUGGUCAUACCAAAAUUCUCCAAUAGACCUCCACUGGUGGGGAUAUUGACAAGGCAUGACUUCAUGCCAGAACAUAUACUAGGCCUGCGUCCGUCCCUGUCUAGAAGCAGGUGGAAAAGGCUUCGGAUUAGGCUGCCUUUCCUCUCGUGAAGUAUUUAUCCAGGUAUCCAGGAAUGAUCAACUCUGUAUAGUAACUGCAAGCAGUUAUGUGGUGUGCACAAAGCGACUUAUUCUUUCACCUUUUUACUAAAGAGUUAUUUAACUCUUAUGUUGAGAUCUAAAGACUUGCACAUGCUUUGUAGUAAUUAUUCUACUUUGUAUAUGAUGAAUAAACAUGAAGGUACCACCUCGAAUAAAAAGGCAUUUUCUUUUUCUUA